UGGUUUGAUGGUGAACUCAAAACGCCAAGCAGCUCUGAUGGUCAGCACAGGUCACAAGAUACCUUUCUUAUGACAUGGCAAAACUGUUGCAGAAUGAUCUGAGUCUAAAUCUGUGUUGGGUAGACGACAUAAACUGUUGGCAGCAUGGCUGAAGCAAUGGAGGUGUGUUUCCUUGCAUCCGGUGAGACACUGUCGCUGGAUGCAGAUGAGUUUCAGGGUACAGCAAAGCUUCUGAAGCAAUCCUUUGUUGCCCCGGAGUUGAUGUUCCCACAGGCAGCAAGCCCGUUAUACGCAGCUCAGAGUGGUCAUCAUGAUGUGCUUUGCUGUCUGCUGGAAGCCGGAGCUCGGACAGAUCUGGUUUUUGAGUGUUGGAGCAACGCCAUUUCACGUCGCUGCACAAAACCGGCCAGUCAUAGUCCGCACUCUGCUUGAGUCAGGAGCUGAAAAGAAGGCCACGGACUGCGGGGAAUCGCCACUCUUCGUCGCAUGUCAGCGGGGCCAUCUCGACGUGGUGCGCUGUUUGCUUGACUAUGGCGCUGACAAAGAUCAGGCAAGGGACACUGGCGCAACGCCGUUGUUCAUUGCAUCUGAAAGGACACAUAUUGACACUAUCCGCUUACUGCUUGAAGUCGAUGCAAACAUGAAUCAGCCCAGGACGGCCGAAGGAGGCCAUCUAGAGGGUGUGCGCUUGCUAAUCGCAGCUGGGGCUGAAAAAGAUUUGGGCAAGGUUCGCAACAACCCAAAGGGCCACAGGACCAGGGACCAAUGGACCCAAGGGACCAAAAAACGCGAGAGUGGGUCAACACUUUUGCAUAGUGCCCAAGCGGGUCACGUGGGCAUUGCCCGCUUGCUGCUUGAAGCGGGUGCCCACAAGGAUCAGACCAUGGAUUGGGGUGCGACACCGUUCUAUGUGGCAGCUUAUCAAGGCCAUUUAGAGGUGGUCUGCCUGCUGAUUGAGUCUGGUGCUGACAGGACCAUAACCAGGAUCAACAGCACAACUGCUCUGGAUGUAGCAUAGCAAAGUUGCCACACGGAAAUCGCUUGCUUCCUGUCCGAGCUGGAAAAA